CUUAUUCUAAAGAAGGAGUCUUUAAACACACAGCCAUACCUUAGCUUAAAAAAUGUCAUGCAUCACUGCUUUUUAUGAGCAUUGAAUAAAUUUCGACGAUUGCAAUAAUCUUUUAACAAUGGAAAAUGUAUCAAUUUUAUGUUCAUCAACACGGAACGUUUAUCAUUUAAUGACUCUUGAGGCGUUAAUGAUCAAUUACAUCAAACCGGUUUUAAAUACAAAAGACGAAUAUAGAAGCAGAGCAUUGGUAAUAAAAAUUUAAUUACCUUACUCUCUUCUAAACUCGUUUUGUUUUUAGAUUUUCUUGUAAAUUUGAUUUGUUGUAGUGUGAGGUGUAGUUUAUGUAUGAUAUGUUGAAUAAUUUUAUACUUGUUUUUAACUGUUUUUAACAUUAUUUAUUUGCUUUUAGACCUGCUGAUGGAUAAUUUUUAUCCGAAAUAUAUUGUCAAUAAAAAAUAGUAAACAUACUCAUUGUUGGUCCUAAUAUUGGUAUUUUAUCGUGAAGCCACAAUGUUUUUAUCUUAUUCGUUUUUUGCUUUAGAUUGAAAUAUCUGUUCUUUGUUAACUCGCAAAGAAUUGAAUAAAAUAAAUAAAAAGUAAAUUGGUAGAUUGAAUUUUGAAAGAAUUUGAAGUGUAAAAAAGGGUUUAAUUGUCUGAAAAAUCAGGCUUAAAAAUGAUAAUAAUAAAAAAAAUAUCCGAAAUUCAUGUUACUCUCUCAUGCGUAAAUUUUUCAUAACAUAGUUUGAUCGCUUACACUCUAGUGAGUCUUCGAUUUUCGGACAUGAAUAUAAUUGCAUUGGUAAAAUAAAGAUGUUCACACGCAAAAAGAAAUUGCAAACAUGCAAAAAACACUCAAAUAAAUUUACACCCCCUGAAUUAACAGAAUAUUAGGUACACAUGAACCAAUCCAACUGUGGCUGAUUAAGGGGGUAUAGACUAAAGCCUAUAAAUCAAAAUAUUCAAUGAAAGAGACUUUAAUACAUUCUUAACUCAUUCACAAGUUUACAUUUCAACAAAAGUAGCUAACCUAGAAGAAAAAAUUGGACAAUGAGGAGGGGCAUUAUAUACACGACCUUGUUCGUGUUGAUUUUAAUUUCGGUCACCAAGUCAGCUUUUAUAAAUCAGUUUGCCGAUGUCAAGAAAUUUUUCCAAAGCUUGGGAGAUGAAAGUGCUGAAAAAAAAUUAAGUGAUGAAGUACAGGUCAUUUCAGACAAAUUGGAUAAAAAAGAUUUGAAGCUGAAGCAAAAUAAGGCUUAUACUACUGUAGGAGCUGGAGUAAAGGACUUUGUAGUAGGAAUUAAAAGUGGCGAUCCAUAUCAAAUUACAAGUGGAGUGCUUAAAAUAGCGUCUGGAAUUACUGCAUUCCUUGCAGUACCAAUUGUUCCCCAAAUUCUCAAUUUGUUAGCCAUGGCUAUUGCUGUUAUGAAACCAAAAGAUGUGAGAGAUCCAUUAAAGACGGCUUUACAAGAAUUUGGUACAGAGCAAAUUCGGAAAGAAUUGCAAGGAAAACUUGAAUUUGUCAUAGGAAGAAUCGGAGACACAACAGAAAGUUGGGAACAAAGAAAAAAAUAUAUAACGGAAUUGGAAAAUAUUAAAUAUAAGUUUGAUCAAGAUUUAAGGAGUGCCUGUUCAGAUAAGACUAGAAACGAGGAAUGCUUGAAACUGGUAGACGCUUUUGUAGCAUUCAGAUCUGCCUACUGCUUGCUAGUUUUUGCGUCCUAUGAAGAUACAGAUGAAGUUAAACAGAAGCUUAAUCAAACAUUUGAUGAAGAUUAUAUAUCAUUUGAAUUUUUGAUAAAUCUGGUUAAAGCUGGACCAAAUAAUAAAAUUUUCUCCGCUGUCAUGAGAACACCUGGUCAAUAUAAAAAUAUUCAAUUCUUUAUCAGAAACCUUAUGGGGCAUUUCGAUGCUGACAAAUCAAAAAGUCAAUUUUUCAAGACCAUAUACUUGUGCGACGAUCUAACAGCUACUCUAUGUUCUGCGAUUGGUGACAGAGCUAACGAAAAACACACAAUUGGUGCGAUAAUGUCCUACCACGUGGCAUCUCGUACCAAACCAACAAGGUGAUCCAGUUAAGUAAUAUUCACAAAGUCGAUAUUACAAAAAGCAAACUACAGUCAAUCUGGGUACCAGAUAAUAUUAAAAUUAAAUUGCAAAGUGAAAAAGCUAGUCAUUCCAUCACCAUUGUGGGACCAUAUU